UCCAAUGGCCAUAAGUGGUGUUUUGCAAAUCUCAGUUUUACUAAUCAUUUUUUUCAACAUGAUCAUUGGCCAGCCCAGGGAAAUUUUAGUGGACGACGAAGGACCAAUUAUGGGCGUGGCCAAGCACGCAGAGUACGAGAACGAAGACAAUGAAGAUGUUCCUGAGCACGCCCCUUGUCAUCUGGAGUACCAGGUGAUGAAGAGGGUUGUGGGAACUUGCAUUAAAUUAGGAAGAACCGCCCGGGGCUGCGUUUCCGGAAACUAUUUACAGCCGCUGCAUCCCGAGUGCAUGUAAUCCAAGAUAAUUAGAUUUCUGCAAACGUUAUCGGCUUGAGGCUUUAUUUUCUUUUUGAACACAUUUGGGCACGAAAUGAAGUAUUUGUUCCUUUCCUUAUAAGCAUUCUCUUAGCUUUAUUGUAAUUUUUAUUAUUUCAAAUAAAAAAAUUGCCAUCUAAA